CUCCUGUUCGGGUGUUCUGCUUCUAGUAUGGUGUGGAACGUUUAGGCAACGUGGUUUGCUUCUUUGCGGGAAGGCUGGUCUUUGGCCGGCUACGGCCUUACGGGCCUUUGGGGACCGUAGAUUUGGUCUUUUUUCACUGGUAGAGCUCGCGGCGAGCCGCGCAGCGCCCUGACCCGUCCUCACCAUGCUGGUGCUGUUCGAAACGUCCGUCGGCUACGCCAUCUUUAAGGUUUUAAAUGAAAAGAAACUUCAAGAAGUUGAUAGUUUAUGGAAAGAAUUUGAAACUCCAGAGAAAGCAAAUAAAAUAGUAAAGCUGAAACAUUUUGAGAAAUUUCAGGAUACAGCAGAGGCAUUGGCAGCAUUCACAGCUCUAAUGGAAGGCAAAAUCAAUAAGCAGUUGAAGAAAGUUCUGAAGAAAAUAGUUAAAGAAGCCCAUGAACCCUUAGCUGUGGCUGAUGCUAAACUAGGAGGGGUUAUAAAGGAAAAACUGAAUCUCAGUUGUAUCCACAGUCCUGUUGUUAAUGAACUUAUGAGAGGAAUCCGUUCACAGAUGGAUGGAUUAAUCCCUGGGGUAGAACCACGUGAAAUGACAGCUAUGUGUCUUGGGUUGGCACACAGCUUGUCCCGAUACAGAUUGAAAUUUAGUGCUGAUAAAGUGGACACCAUGAUUGUUCAGGCAAUUUCCCUGUUAGAUGACUUAGAUAAAGAACUAAACAACUACAUUAUGCGGUGUAGAGAAUGGUAUGGCUGGCAUUUCCCUGAGCUAGGAAAAAUUAUUUCGGAUAAUUUGACAUACUGCAAGUGUUUACAGAAAGUUGGCGAUAGGAAGAAUUAUGCCUCAGCUCAACUUUCUGAAUUACUGCCAGAGGAGGUUGAAGCUGAAGUGAAAGCGGCUGCAGAGAUAUCUAUGGGAACCGAAGUUUCGGAAGAAGAUAUUUGCAACAUUCUGCACCUUUGCACUCAGGUGAUUGAAAUCUCUGAAUAUAGAACCCAGCUUUAUGAAUAUCUGCAAAAUCGAAUGAUGGCCAUUGCACCCAAUGUUACAGUCAUGGUUGGGGAAUUAGUUGGAGCACGACUUAUUGCUCAUGCAGGUUCUCUUUUGAAUUUGGCCAAACAUGCAGCUUCUACAGUUCAGAUUCUUGGAGCAGAAAAGGCACUCUUCAGAGCCCUCAAGUCUAGACGAGAUACCCCUAAGUAUGGUCUUAUUUAUCAUGCUUCACUUGUAGGCCAGACGAGCCCCAAACACAAAGGAAAGAUUUCUCGGAUGCUGGCAGCCAAGACUGUUUUGGCUAUCCGGUAUGAUGCUUUUGGUGAGGAUUCCAGUUCUGCAAUGGGAGUUGAGAACAGAGCGAAACUAGAAGCCAGGUUGAGAACGUUGGAAGAUAGAGGGAUAAGGAAAAUAAGUGGGACAGGAAAAGCAUUAGCAAAAGCAGAAAAAUAUGAACAUAAAAGUGAAGUGAAGACUUAUGAUCCUUCUGGUGACUCCACACUACCAACCUAUUCUAAAAAACGCAAGAUUGAAGAAGUAGACAAAGAGGAUGAAGUUAUUGAAAAGAAGGCCAAAAAGGCCAAGGUUAAAAUUAAAGUUGAAGAAGAAGUAGUAGAAGAUGCAGAGGACACAGAAGAAGAAGUAGUACAAGUUGUAGAAGAACAGGAAGCAUCUGUGAAGAAGAAGAAGAAAAAGGACAAAAAGAAACACGUUAAGGAAGAACCACUUUCUGAAGAAGAGCCAUGCACCAGCACAGCAGUUGCUAGUCCAGAGAAAAAGAAGAAAAAGAAAAAAAAGAAAGUUGAUGAGGACUAAUGGAAGGAACCAUUCUUUCAAAGAGUUCAUAAUUGAAUCACCUGGAUACAUCAUGCUUACGAUUCAGUCAGAAAUGUACCCGAGAUACUCUGUAAAAUAAUUGAUGGGAGGUUGGGUGAGAAAGAAAGAUUAAUCAUUAAUAGCAUUUCAUACCUAUUUGUGUCU